AAUUAAGCAUAAUUUGUUUGCCAGUUUUCAUCCCUUUUCUCAUCACUGCAACCCUCCAUGGCCACAUUUGUCAAAAGCUGUUGUUAGUUUUUGAACACCUUUUUCCCUUUCUUCAAAAGUUUUCCCCAUCUUGUGCAAAAUCAAUACAAGAAAGUGAAUGCAUAUAUGCCCACUUCAAAUUUCUGGGCAUCUUUUUAUUAUUUAGUUUCUUAUUUAGGAAAUAUAUAGUUUGAAUUAAUGCAACCCUCUCAUGGGGGCCUCUGUAAAUUUUAGCCUUGCAGCAAGGUUUUCCUUCUGAGAAUUGGAGGGCAAAUUUUGGAUCCCACUUCAACUAGAGACUUUCCAGGAGUAGCUUAAUUGGUUCUUCAUUGAUAGAGCCAGUAUAUAUAUUAUAUAAUCUUCCACAAGAAUGGCAAACACUGCAAAUAACACAAAGAUGAAGGGCCUCUUGAAAGGCCUAAGAUACAUUUCUCAAAUUUUUGAUGAUAACAAAGGCCAAGAUAUGCAGAUUGGGUUUCCUACAGAUGUAAAGCAUGUGGCCCAUAUAGGAUGGGAGGGUCCAUCAACUGCUGCUGGUUCUCCAAGCUGGAUGAAUGAGUUUCAAGCUCCACCUGGAUACUCAUCAGGACCUUUAAGCAAUGGAGAGACAAAAGAGGAUCCUGGGGUCAAAUGGGUCUCUCAAGAUUCAAGCCGGAAGGGUAGUUCAAGGGGUGCUAGGUCUCCGGCACAUGACAUGCCGCCACAGCAAACAUCAAGUGGGCAUGGAAAUAGUGGAAUCGACUCCCCUAAGAGGGAAAGAUCAGAUAAACCGAAGCAAACAAGGCGGUCUUCUAAGAAUAGGGACACAACAGAUAGUGUUACUAGAGGUAUCCGGCAAUCCAUGGAGUCAAUUCAUGGCAGUGAAUCGCCGCAAAACCCGCCAGACAUCCCUAAGAAAACGCGGCGAAAGAAAUCCAAAGAUUCCUCUAUUGGGGGGGCAUCAAGAAAGGCUAAACCCCAUGCUAGUUCAGAAACAUGUACAGAUCCUGGACGCCAACCUGCAACUACUUAUAAAUGUAGUAGCAAAGACCAACUAUCUCAGAAUUCUUUUCAAGAGGGGGAAGACAAGGGAUUUACAUGAAUUUCUUCACAAAAUUUAUUAUUGGUGUAGCUAGAAUAAAAUGUAUCAGGGAAGUGAAGCCAAACAAUUGUAACUUCAGUGUAAUAACAUCAUUUCAAUUUUUGAACAUUUUGCUUC